GUUAAAUGUCUGAUUAACACAAUUGUAAGCAAAAUGUGAUGUGAAUGAAAUGACAUGAUGCAUAAAAAACAGGGAGAGCAGCAUCCUCUAUCCUCUGGAAUUCUAAAUCACUUACUCGCCGCUGAUUGGCUGUUGAGUUUUGACCCUUGUUGGGAUGGACCUGUUGGAUAAAAGGAGGGAUCAUGCGUAUUGCGCCGUGGAUGCCUGUGCACAAGGGACCGACUCGUAUGUGAAGAAGGGAAUAGUCUCAGAGGCACCAUGACAGGAAAGGAUGGGGCUGUUUUGUCGGAAAGUUUGAACAAAUCAAAAUCAGUGUGUGCCGCUGAGAACGGGGGAAAUAACAAUCCACAUCUGUCAAAGAGCAGCACCACACAUCCGCCCAAAUGCACGGGCUUCGGCAUCCAGGAGAUCCUGGGACUAAAUAAAGAGCCGUCCUCGGCUCCGCGGAGCACACUGGACUCGUUCCCUGCCGGGGCGCACCUUCUAGCCAGCAGGUCGAUGCUCGGUCCAGCUGGUGUUGGUGUUGGGGUCGGGAUGGGAUUAAUUGGCCCUGGAGGUAUUCCAUCGUUCUACAGGCAGCCGGCGUUUCUUGAGGUGCUGUCAGACGCGCAGAACGUCCAUCUGCAGCCGCUCAACAGGACAGUGGGACCGCUGCAAACGAACCAGUCCGCCAGCUCAGAUUCAGAGGAUGUCUCUUCAAGUGAAAGGAAAGUAUCAAAAUCUUCACUGAGCCAGAGCAAGAAGAGAAAAAAGAGACGACACAGAACAAUAUUUACAUCUUACCAGCUGGAAGAACUGGAGAAGGCGUUUAACGAGGCUCAUUAUCCGGAUGUGUACGCCAGAGAAAUGCUGGCCAUGAAAACCGAGCUGCCCGAGGACAGAAUACAGGUGUGGUUCCAAAAUCGGAGGGCCAAGUGGAGAAAGCGGGAGAAGUGUUGGGGUCGUAGCAGCGUGAUGGCUGAAUACGGGCUCUACGGUGCCAUGGUGCGUCACUCCAUCCCUCUGCCUGAGUCCAUACUGAAGUCUGCCAAAGAUGGCGUCAUGGACUCCUGUGCUCCCUGGCUUCUAGUUCGAGAUGGUUUUCCUACCACCAGCUGCUUUUCUAAACACGAAUACCCACCAUUCUUUGCAGGGAUGCACAAGAAGUCCUUGGAGACUGCUGCAGUCCAAUCAAAUGAGAAGUCAGAUGUCACUCAGAAACCGACCAAUCCCAAGCCGGAUGAAGCCGCCGAGGCUGAGGAAAGGAGGACAGAGUCACCCAUAUCCAAAGAGGAACUGAGGGAGAACAGUAUUGCUGUUCUCAGGGCAAAAGCACAGGAGCACAGUGCCAAAGUGCUGGGAACGGUUUCCUCUGAGAGACUAGAGCACAAAAUGGAGACGUCAGUGACAGAGGAGAAGUCCAGCGAACAGUUAGAUGCAAAAGAAGAGGAAAAGAGUUCUUAGAUUAUGCACUGUAAUUCAUCCCUUCAUAAUGCCACAAAACAUAUAGGCUUGGUGUGAAAAUAUCUGGGCUGUUUUAUCUUCCUCAUAUUCCUGCACUGAUCCCAUGAAAGCACUGGACUUUUGAUUGAUUCUCAAUGUUCCUCUGCAUUUUAUUUUACAUUAGCACGGUCAAAACCGUUUAGAAAUUUUCAGUAUUUUGAUAGCAGCAUCAGUCCAUCAUGCCAGUGAUUAAUAGCUUUUUUUUCUUCCAGCCAUAAAAAUUCUAGGAAUAAGUAUAGGGCUCCUUUAUCAUGUUGGCAGCCUCCUCAGUGCUGUUUGCAAAAUUGCUCAAUUGAAUAAAACCAUAAAUGUGUGGAUAUUUAUGAUCUAAUUUCAGUAUUAAGUAAUAUUGUCAUCAGAAAAUUAUUGGUCAAGAACUCCUACUGAGCUUUGAAAGCACAGAAUUUACGUGCUUUUCAUUUGAAUUUUGUACAGUACCCCGUCUUCAAACUCUCAGUGGUAAAAAGUUGUAAUAGAGUGUAUUGAUGUAUAUAUUGUAAAUUAAAAUAGCCUGCUACAGUAUUGUUUGAACUAUACAUUAAUGUACUGUAGUCUUAUGUGCUUUUUUUCGUAACAUGUAAAAUGUACUACAAAUUAUAAA